CAAAAUGAAUCCGCAGGACUUAAUCGGGUACAGAUUUUUUUCCAUCUUUUUGAAGUUCGGCUCUUAGACCGGAAUCAGCCGAUUCGACACAGCUCUGGCAGCAGGAAGCAGUUCCCGCCAAGACUGGAAAGUGUUUGUUCUUCGCUGCUGGAGGAAGAUGGUGGAUUGACCCAGGAAACUGAAGUUGUUGAAUAUCCACGAGUCAUAGAUAAGGGCAAUUAUGUCUAUUGGGCAUCACGCACCUGUUCGAUUAUAUAGUGACUAGGGUUAAUUAGCAAAGUCAGGCAGCCAUUUGGUGUUUGAAACAACUGCUGAGCCAGUCAGUCACCCAGGGACUGUGGGUGGAUUUGUGAGUUAUUUGGACAGUUGUACAGUUGAAAGAGAACUGAUAGGAGCUUUAUAACAACUUUACAAAGCUCGUUCUAAAGACUCCCAUUGGAGCUUACUUUUCAAACUAUUACUCAUACUUAUUUUUAUGAAUCAAGUCCUGGAAAAGACACAGUAACUGGAUGAAAUAGUAGUCACAAAAAAUAGAAAACUUAUCAGGUGCUACCCCUGUGGUAGAUUCUCUUUAAUUUUAUUGUAGUAGGUGUUCUCAGGUCUAAGGUUUGUAGUUGCCAAUAUAUUCAUUACCACACCUUUAGAUUCUCAUCAAGUUAGUAGGUAUUUUGUUAUUUUUUAACAGCAAAAUAAUUCAAUUUAGAAAUUUGGUAGCAAGAAAUAGACUCUCAAUUUACUUGAGAUUAGUGCUUCUUUAAUGAUAAAAAUCAUUUUACCAUGUUAGAGGACACCUUUUCAGAAGAAGAUGUCUGGGAAUACAAAUCCAAAAGGAAACCAAAAUCAGUCCGUACAAAUAAUUGCUCUGAGAGUGUUCCAAAAUCUGUCAAAAAAGCAACAGAUAGAAAGGAUCGCUCAAAACAAAAGAGAAAGAAAAGAACUGGGGAAGCUCAAGAGAAGGUGAAGGACCCUGAAAUGUGCCUUGGAGAAACAAAUAGUCAGAUUUCUGCAGUUUCCAGUCAGAAUUCCAGCUGUGAAGAUGGUAUCCAGCAGUCCCAAGACAAGGAGACCACCCCAGGAAAGCACAAUAGGUCUAGCAAAAAGAAGCAAGUGUCUCCAAAGAUACGUCCAGUUUACGAUGGAUACUGCCCCAACUGCCAGCUGCCUUUUUCCUCAUUGCUAGGUCAGACACCUCGAUGGCAUGUGUUUGAGUGUUUGGAUUCUCCACCAGUCUCUAAAACAGAGUGUCCUGAUGGUCUUCUGUGUACCUCAACCAUUCCUUCUCAUUACAAGAGAUACACUCACCUCCUGCUGGCCCACAGUAGGGCUGGUAGCAGUCCCUUUCCGAGCCCAUCAAAGGGGUCAGGUGGUAGUUUCACUGAGACUAAUUCGGGCUUUCUUUGUAACCUGGAGGGAGGAUGGUCUCCGUCUCAAAAACAAACUGAGAACUUAAACAGUGUUUCAUUUGAUCCCUUGUUGGUGACACAGUGUCUAAAAAAAUCUCAGUCUCCUACUGAAACCAAGAAAAAGACUUCCUCUUCAACAAAUCGCCAAACGUCCCAGCGAGCCCCAGAAUUCACACAGUGUGUUAAAAACGACAAACUGGUAGGAGUCGGUUUGCCUCUUGCUGGAGAAUUGGAUGGCCAGCCCACCUCAGUGCGCACACAUUUGCCAUUGCCAGAAAAUGACUUUGGCAGCUGUGAAAUUUCCUACUCUCCACUUCAAAGUGAUGAAGAAACUUAUGAUAUGGACGAAAAGCUGGAUGGUUCACAGCAGGAACUAUAUUUUACACAAAGCACUAAAGGGGGCAGCCUAGAGGAAGGUGCCAACAGCUGUACUUGGUUGAGAAACGCCCACUGUCCCUUACUGAGGGAUCUGGAGGAGAGCAGCCCUGCAGUGCGUGGCAUCUUAAGCCAAGAUAAAUACAAUGAAGAAUUGUAUAAAUACAACACUCUGACCAAUUCGUCUCAACUUCUCCAAAAGCAGAGCAUUAUUUGGGGUCACGCUCCAGCAUAUACUGAUGAUGGUUUCUUGUCAUUUCCACCUGCCUUAGCCGCGGGGCUUGCUGCUUCUAGUUCUCAAGCCCCUAAAGCAAAACCUGAUGAGCCAGAACUUCACUCAUCUCCAUCAAAUAAACAGAAACAGAUCAUUGAAGAAUCAGCUGUUUACAAUCAAAUUUCUCUCCCAUUACUUAAGAGUAAAAUGUCAAAACCUUUGGAAAGCCAGGGAGGAAAGUGUCUUUCUUUCCAUCCAACCCAAAGUCAAAUUAGAGAAUUAUCAAGUAAGAGGUUCAGCGCUAAGAACACUACGAACUCAGCAUGUUUCUGCAGAAAGGCAUUCCGUGGCAUGCUAGACGGUCACACAGAUGUUUUAAAUACAGGACCGUUUUCUAGUACACCUACUGCUGCCAAGUCUUUGAAAAUGUUACCAUUGAGUCCCCAGUGCAAUGCUGCAGACCCUUCUACCAAGGUAAUGAAGCAAAUGGAUAUAGGUGUGUAUUUUGGUCUACCACCUAAAAGAAAAGAGGAGAAGUUAAUGGAGGAAAGUGCAGUAGAAGGGAUGAACCUCAAACCACUUGUAAGUCCUAAUAAAAAGAGGGCUGGGCAGCGCAAGAGGAAAGCAGAAAAAUCUUUAAGUGAUUUAGAAUAUGAUGCAAAGAAUGUAAGUGAGAACUGGCAAUCCGUGGAACUUGGUAGUCAGAGACCACAGCGUCAAAGAAAGAGGCUGAGAAAGUCAGACUCGCUACCGGAAGGAACGCAGCAGAAGAGGUCAGAUUACAUUAUUAACAAGAUAAAAGCUGGAGCAGGCAGUUUAAGCCAAGACCAAGUUUUCAUAAAGUCAGCUAGUGGCAGGCUGCAGAGAGGCAGCCCGAGAAUCCCACAGACAGCUCAUGCAGAGGAAUUAAGAAAAAGGACUUGUCCAUUCUAUAAGAAAAUACCCGGAACUGGCUUCACAGUGGAUGCCUUUCAGUACGGACCGGUGGAAGGUUGCACAGCCUAUUUCCUCACCCAUUUUCAUUCAGACCAUUACGCUGGAUUAUCUAAAAACUUCACAUUUCCAGUUUAUUGUAGCCAGAUAACCGGCAAUUUGUUGAAGAGCAAACUUCAUGUGGAAGAACAAUAUAUCCAUCCAUUACCAAUGGACACCGAAUGUAUGGUGAAUGGUAUCAAAGUUGUUUUGCUUGAUGCCAAUCACUGUCCAGGUGCCGUCAUGAUCCUUUGUUACCUUCCUAACGGUAACGUCGUACUGCACACCGGAGACUUCCGAGCAGACCCCUCCAUGGAGCGCUCUCUCCUCGCUGGCCGGACCGUCCACACGCUGUAUCUAGACACCACGUACUGCAGCCCAGAAUACUGCUUUCCGUCUCAGCAGGAGGUCAUCCAGUUCGCCAUCAACACCGCCUUCGAGGCCGUAACCCUAAACCCGCGCACCCUCGUUGUCUGUGGCACUUACUCUAUUGGAAAAGAGAAAGUCUUCCUGGCCAUUGCUGAAGUUUUAGGUUCAAAAGUGGGCAUGUCCCGAGAAAAAUAUAAAACACUACAGUGCCUCAAUAUUCCAGAAGUUAAUUCCUUCAUCACUACAGACAUGUGCAGCUCGGUCGUGCACCUUCUUCCAAUGAUGCAGAUUAAUUUUAAGGGUUUACAGCGUCAUUUGAAGAUGUGUGAUGGGAGAUACGAUCAGAUUUUGGCUUUUCGACCUACAGGAUGGACACAUUCUAGUAAAUUAACGAGUAUGGCAGAUGUUGUGCCCCAGACCAAAGGAAAGAUCUCAAUAUAUGGAAUUCCUUACAGUGAACACAGCAGCUACCUUGAAAUGAAACGUUUUGUUCAGUGGCUGAAGCCCCAGAAAAUCAUACCUACCGUGAACGUUGGCACGUUGAAGUCUAGGAGCACGAUGGAGAAAUACUUUAAAGAAUGGAAAUUGGAAGCCGGAUAUUGACGUUACCUCCAAGGACUGGGGAGUAGUUAAGUAACUUAUAGCUUGUUAAUAGUUAAAUAUUUAGUGAUAGGAAAUACCCUUCAUGUGCAAAACCUCACGAAGGUCGCUCAUGUAGCUUGCUUUAUUAUUUCCAUUUGAGCAGCAUGUUCAUGGUGCUGAGUGCCUCUCAGCAUCAGCAGGGGCGACUGAGGCUGGCCUCCCUGGUCCCCCGACCCUUGCCCUUCCCAGCGGGGGGGGGGUUUGGGGGGGGCAGUUGUCUUCUGCAUCCAGACUUAACAAAGGAAAUAAAGGCAGGCUCAGGGGCCAAAGGGAUUCGUUAUAAUGGAUAAUUAGAUGGAAAACAUUAUAUAUAAAUAAUUAUGUAUCUUUAAAAUUAUUUAAUAUGGGGCAUAUUUUUAUGAGAUAAAGCUUUUAUAUAUGUAUAUGUAAAUAAAAAAUUAAUCUUAAACUUGCUAUACAGCGUCUUGGUUUUUAGGAUUUGUAACUGCCUUUCAUGCGAUUUCAUAAAAUUUCAGU